CUACAAAUAAUAGUACUAUUAAUAAUGAGGAUAAAGGUUAAUUGGAAGGAAAACAAGUUGGUUAUACCAGUUGGUCCCACAACUGAUAAGGUGUCACGUCUGUUCAAGGACAUUGCUGUACGCUUCGCACCUUACAACCCCAAUGAUGAUGAUCUCAUCAUAUCAGAGUUGAGAACCUCCGAUGGAUACUUUAUCUCGCCCCAUCUCACAAUUGCCGAUGCCAUCCAAGAUAGUGAAGUACUCAUUGCCGUUGACUUUGAGUCAUGGAAGACCGAACAAUACAAGCUGUGCAAGACCAUCUUUGAAACUAUCAAGGUACAUAACCAUGAGUCAGAGGUUGCACUCAAGGUCAACAUUGGUACCAAUAUCAAGAACAACUUGUUCAUCUCGAUAUUGAGCAAUUCAAACUUGUUGAGACUGGAGUUGUUUGAUGCAACUGACUUGUCACAGUACUCUACUGAUGGAAAGCACCUUGUUAGCCACUAUCAGAAUGAUGAGACCAAGUCUUAUGUCAAGGCAUCAUUCGUCGUGGUUGGUGGCACUGUCAUCGCCGUGGAGGUCGAGGUCAAGACAUGGUCCGCACCACGUCCAGAGAUUGCCCGUCUCGACAUCACAUGCCAGGGCAAGAAGAUCAUCAAGGGCGCAUUCACAAACGUCCAGCAGGCCUACGACAACACAAUCGUGCCCAAUGUAACAUUGCCAGCACUUGUGUCCACUGGCAAGGUCUACCCAGACUACGACGAGUUUGAUCACUACGAGACUCACGGCGGCAAUGGCACCAAGCCUGAGGAGUACUUCAAUGUCACCUCGACUGGCGGCAUCCGCUUCGAGCAGAUCGACAAGCCAUACACCGACCACGACUGGUUCAGCAAUGGCAAGACCAACAAUCACUUCUACGUCGACCUGCAGGCUGUCAACACCACCGACACCCGCCAGACACUCACCAAGCUGUCCGGUCGCUACAAGAACAAGGAAGGCCAAUGGGUGGCUGUCGAGGCUUACUCGGCCGUCAAGAAGGGCUUCUACAACUACAUGUGUCGUUGGGAGUCUGUCAACAUCACUUUGGAGGCUCGCGAGACUAUCAAGUUCGCCAUUUGCAUCACCAUCCACAUCCCCAAGAAGCUGACUGAGCGCCAGCGUCGCACUUCCGACUGCCUGCCAAACAAGCUCGACAUGGAGGUCUUGGUACACGACGACACUCAACGCACUACCACCCUCCCAGUCGCCUACAUCAACAGGACCCCAACACCAGUGUUGCCAACAAUGAAGACACGCGCAAAGUACUUGGGCGAGUCAAAGCCAUUGGUCUACUUCCAGACCGUCGACAACUUUAUUGGCGAGUCUCGUGCCUUUGUCCAGGUGACCAAGACCACCGACUAUGGCGUCGAGAGCUUCAACGUCAUGGCCAGCUUCACCAGCACCACCUACACCAUCAACAGCGACACUCUCAACAAGUUCGCCUGGAACGCCAAGAAGGCCAACCAGUCCAAGUUCGAGCUGGAAUUCAGCAGCUCCAACGAUGACUUCUCCUACAAGGCCUACGCCAUCGUGGACCUCGCCCUCACCAAGACCAUCGGCUUCUGCUUCGAGAUGACCUCGGCCGAUGGCUCAUCCUCCACUGGCUACUUUGCCUUGCCACAGCUCAAGGUCAGCACC